CUAUUCAAACCCCCCUCCGUUGCUUUUGGACCCCAAAACAGAGCUUCUGGGUUCUGAGUUCAUAUCCUCCUCCUUUAGCCAAUUAUCUCCUCCCAACGCCGAAGAUUCCAAAGGGCGAGUCCAGCACGCGCGCCUGGCUAAACGACUUUUGGUUAUCGCCGCCAUGGGACGAGCACCUUGCUGCGAUAAGAAUGGUCUGAAGAAGGGGCCGUGGACGCCGGAAGAGGACCAAAAGCUUAUCGACUACAUCCAAAAGAAUGGACAAGGUAGCUGGAGAACCCUCCCAAAGAAUGCUGGGCUUGCGAGGUGUGGGAAGAGCUGCCGGCUCCGGUGGACGAACUACUUAAGGCCUGAUAUUAAAAGAGGAAGGUUCUCAUUUGAAGAGGAAGAGACGAUUAUUCAAUUGCACAGUAUACUGGGGAACAAGUGGUCAGCAAUUGCUGCUCGCUUGCCAGGAAGAACGGAUAACGAGAUCAAGAACUACUGGAACACGCAUAUCAGGAAAAGGCUUCUUAGAAUGGGAAUUGAUCCAGUAACUCACAGCCCUCGCCUCGAUAUCCUCGACCUCUCUUCGCUUCUUAACCCAUCCUUGUACAACCCAAACCAACUUGACUUGUCCAGAUUGCUCGGGUUCGAACCCUUAGUCAACUCAGAGCUCGUCAGACUAGCUACCAACCUCCUAUCAUCUCAAUGCCAAAAUUCCAACCUUCUUGGCCAAAACUUCCAAGGGCCGCAGCUCCCCAAUCCCCAAGUCCAAGACCCGUACCCAUCCUUCCAAGCCCACCAGCUCCAAAACCCAAUUCUACAGGAGUUCCCUCCUUGCACCACUUCGACUGCUCAAUUCCUUGAUGAAUCCCAGCUCAUGCAAGCCAAUGAAGAGCAUUUCCAAUCAGAGGCUCAAAAUAAUCUUUGGCAAGAAAUUGUCAAUCAGGCUAACCUUCCUGAUAACUGUGUGCCUACUCCAAAUGUUAUCUAUGACGAUUUGGAUCCAUCCAUUCCCCAGCUGAUCUCCGAGAACUCCAACUUGCCAGCGAUCGGCAACCCGAACUGUAGCAUGACUUCUGUUCUAUCGACACCAGCAUCAAGCCCAACCCAAUUAAACUCCUCAACAACGCAUGUGAAUAGCAGCACCGAGGACGAGAAGGAUAGCUAUUGCAGCAACUUGUUUAAAUUCCAUGUUCCCAAACUACUGGAUGUGAGUGAGUACAUGUAUAGAAAAUAGAGAGACAGAGAGAGAGAGAUGGGAUCUGAAGGAGAAAAUAUGAAGAGAGAGAAAUUACUUGUGUAUCCUUCUGUGCAUGUAUGAAAUGCAGAUCUUUUCAAGUUUUUUUUCUGUGUUCAUACCGGUGAAUUGGCAUACGUUUUCUAUUUUAUAUUUUUUUUUUUCUCUCUCCAAGGUUUGUGCAUCAUGCGGCUAUGGAAGCAGCGCUGUAUAUUACUGGCUAAUAAUGGUUAAAU